GCCAAAUCAGAUAUUCCUAACUUCCCCAGGAGAGAUGAUAGCAGCUGAAGCAAAGAGCUGAGAAGACAGGAUUUUUGCCCAUGGGAGAACAGGAUUUGGCCGCUGUUCUUUUAGCUGCUGGACAGAAGCCACCUGCUCUGGAGAGACUGCUCUUGGAGACACUUUAGUUUAAUAGGCUGUGGUGUGAAUUUCAGAUAAAGUUGCUGACAUCAUGAGUGACUCAGGAAGCAUAUUCGGUGACAUUCGCAAACCCAAUGCCAGAGCCAUCUAUGAACAAAGGAAGAAGUAUUCCAACGUCAUCAUGGCAGAUGUGUCCCAGUAUGCUGUCCAUCAUCUGGUGACCUUCUCCAUUGGGGAAGAGGACAAUUUGACAUCUGUGGAGGAUGCUGUCAGGAAACUGUGCAUCAUGGAUAGGCAAGGGAAGAUCUGGGUUCAGGAGAUGUUGCUUCAGGUCAACGGGUCAGCUAUCAAGCUCCUUGACAUAAAUUCAGAGGAGGAACUGGAGAAUUAUGGAUUGGCAGCAGUGGCUCGUUGUGAGGCUGUCCGACCUGAGUCCCGGUCCCGAUCCUUGCUUCUACUCAUGUGCCAGGAACCUACUCAGCUCAAACCAGAUAUCCACUUCUUUGAGAGUGUUCAAAUUGAGGCAGAAUGGAUCCGGCAAGACAUUAAUAGUGCUCUGCUGGAUUUCAAGUCAGGAGGAAACGCCCAGCGUAAAGAAGCCUUAAGAGCUGCCCAAAGCAUGCUUGGUAACCAGGCUGAAAAGGCUCACGAGAUCCUCUUUCAGCCUCCCAGGCAGGUUCCUUCUAGGACAAAGAUCAUUGCACCAGAGCAAAGAGAGGAUGUCAUCUUUCCAGGAGACCUUGAUCCGGCCCUCAUCCGUAUAGAGCAAGAAGUGGAACUGCUGAACCGGAUUUUUGAUGAUGUGGAAGUCUUUGUGGGAAAGCUGCAGAAAUGUGCCGAAGCUUUCCGUGUCCUGGAUCAACGCAGGCGCUCCCCGAGAGGGCGUCAUCGAGAACCAGGAGAGGGACUCUUAACAAUCAGAGCAAAACCCCCAUCCCAAGAGGAGUUUGAAGACACUCUGUGCAAGAUCAAAUAUUCCUUUAGCCUUCUGGCAAGACUGAAACCUAACAUCAGUUGCCCUACUUCAGAGGAGCUAAUAUGUAUUCUUUUCAAACCCUUGAAGAUGAUCGUGGAGGCUUCUGGAGGGGUGGCAUUUGCUUCUGGAUUGCGCAGUCCCAUGAUGACUCUAGAGGCAGUGACUCUGAUGCGGGGCUGCUUGGGGGAACAGGAAACAGAACUGUGGCACUCUCUGGGGGAUAACUGGACUAAGCCAAGAGUGGGUUUCCCCAGGGACUAUGCAGGUCCCUACAACCUAAUCUUCUGCAGUGGCUGGGAGCCUCCUGCCCUGGAUGCUUUUGGGAAGCCUUGGGAAGACCCAGUGGAGAUGCAACACAGACAUGAAGAACGCCGCACCCAGCAAUCGGCUCCCACAAUUGCAGCCAACGGGUGCCAACACAGAGAGAGCAAAUCAGUGAUCUGCACCCAUAACUUCACAGCCAGAAACGACAAUGAACUGUCAGUGCUUCAAGGGGACACAUUAAAGGUUCUUGAGGAUAGUAAGAAGUGGUGGAAAGUCCAGAACCGUUAUGGUCAAGUUGGUUUCGUCCCUUAUAAUAUUCUUGCUCCAAUGCUGAAUGGAGAAGAUCCCAAUAUCCAGAAUGACAAGGGAAUGGCUCCAAUCAAUAUCAGCCCUGUAAUAAUGAAGAAAACACCACCUCAGUCACUACCAAAGACCAAAAGUCUGCAGUCAAAUGGUGUAAAAUGGGCCAGCACUGAGGAGCUUAACAGGAACCAGAGUAAGAAAGAACUCUUCAAUACAGUCAAUGAGGAGCUCAUCCUGAGGCUGGCCAAUGGGACAACUGGUCAUUGCAAGACUCUUCACAUCUCACGUACUCCAGAUACUGAUGUCCCUUUAGACUACAGUUCGAAUCCUGAUCAAGUCCAGACCUGGCUAGAGGCCAAAGGGUUCAAUCCAUUGACUGUGAGAGCACUGGGAAUUCUGAAUGGAUCUCAGCUCCUUUCCUUGCAAAAGGAGGAGUUCAGAGCUGUCACCCCUGAAGAAGGAUCUCGAGUCUACAGCCAGGUUGCCAUCCAGAAGGCCCUCCUGGAGGAUGCUGGAAACAUAUCAGAGCUAGAGGCUGUGAUGGCGAGGCAAAAAAGGAAAGCAGAAAGAUCGGACCAAUAGAGCUCUCUCUUAGUGUGGCGGUGUGACUCUACUAAGAAAUGUGGAAAUGCAGAGUAUCUUUCAGCUUGGCUUAUCUCUCUCCCUAUAGGAUCAAAAUCUACCCUGAGUAGGGACGUCAGCUCGAAAGAAUUGGUUGUGGUUGUUAUUGUGGG